AUGGGUCAUAGUAAUUUGGCUCGUGGAAGAGUUUCUUCCACCGCUCUUGGAACAAAUACUGCAGAAAAUAACGACCGGCGUGGUCCGACACGAAAUUCCGGAGCCGCUGGACGAUCCGUUCCGGGAAGAGGGAGACCUCGUGGAAGAGCUCGCGGAAGUGUACCAAUUCGCGAAACCCUAACAAUCUGUAAUCAAAAAAUCCAGGAACAUUCUAGAAAAAACAAGAGAUUCUACAUGUGGGCAUCUAUUCGAGAAAGUACGAAACUUGAAGGAAUCAGCAACUCCAAAAACCCAAAACUCCAAGAAGUUGGGAAAUUCCAGGAAGUUGGAAAUACCAGAAGUUUGGAAGCUCAGAAAACUUUCUGA